AUGACAUUCGCGUUUACCCUGCCUACGACGUCACCGGUCAACUUCACUACAUCCUUCACUAGUUCCUCCGCUCCAUCUCUUCCCUCCGCAACAACCACUCGUCGUGCUCUCUUCCGCGACACUCUUAAACGCCAUAAACGUCUCACCCCCGCCGAACAAUACAACAAUAUCCCAUCUUUGUUAUCGUCAAUCUCUGAAUAUCUACCUUAUCUCUACACUCUCGACGCUUACAUAACUUCCCAGGACAUUACACCCCUCACUGAGUUCGAAACGGAAUGGCGGGCUGUAUUAUCUCGUCGUACGGUUCCAACAGAACCGCCACGCAUCCGCCGUAAGGGCUUGGACUACGAAAUAUGCUUCGCAACUGCAACUCUAGCAUACGCUCAUACUCUCCGAGCGCGUACAUUCCUCGCAAAUGCGAUACAAGCACCCCCACCUACAGAUAACGACGCCACAAACACCUCUGUUCAUCUAAUAAACCAGGCAAAAGACCAAGUUCUCACGGCUGCCUCUAUAUUCCUCUAUUUACAAAACAGGUCUACUUCAAGGGAACGGGGUAGUUCGCAGCCGAUGCCAGCAGAUGUUACGACUUCAAUGUACAACGCUCUAUGGUCGCUCUGUUUGGCCUCUGCAACGUUGUUGGCGGUGUUGAAAGACGACCCUUAUCCGUCAAUUGUAGCAUUGCAACAUGAUAAAAACUCAAAGGAAUGGAUGUAUAAAGCUCCCGCGGUACCUACGAGGGUUAGAUCGCUAUUAUUCGCAAGGCUGUGUAUGUAUUCUGCGGAUAUGGCGGGGAAAGCGGCAGCUGGGGUGGCGGCUACCCCGGGCACAGGCGCAGAGUUAAAAGGUUACUGUGACGAUAUGGUAAAGACGGCCAAAGCUAAGGCUUGCAGAUUCCAAGCGAUUGAUGCUGAGGGAAGAGGGGAAUUGGGGGAAGCAAUCGGUUGGCUGGUAGCUGGGAAGGAAGUUCUGGGUAUGGUUGUAGGAGGGGAUGGGGAUAAAGGCAAGCUAGGAAGGGGCUUAGAUAUGUUGAAGAAAGCUAGGGAGGAAAAGAAGAUGGAAAAGGUACCGAUGGAAGCCCUUCUUGGAUCGGACGCCGGGAGGAUGGAAGAAGCAAUGGUUCUUAACGAGCUAGAGAGGAAAUGGAGGAGGAUCAAUGAUUCGGUGAACUUCCAUGCCAUACCAUCCACAUCUUCGCUGCUGGCAAAGUUGCCGACUGGAAGGUUCAUGUUCCCAGAAAACCAGACAUGGACGCCACCAAAGCUAUCUUCUUCUGAGUUAUCGCAGCUCCAAAUUCAAGCCCCGAAUGGCGGGGAACUGGACUGGGUCGGAGCAGACGACAGUGACGACGAUAUCAUGGCCCCCCCUGAGAGCAGUAUGCCACCGGGUGGGUUUCCGAGAUCACAAAGUACUGGAUACUACUAA